AUGACAGAUGAUUAUUAUGCAUUUGACAACGAGUCACUGAUAAAAUCUAGGUCCCAGCGUUCGCUUUCGAGACAAAAUUCGUUGGUGAGACCAGAAAGGAACAGUUUCAAGGAUCCGAACCAUCCAUACCAUUACUAUGCUCUGAAAGCAAAGGAAGCUAGGGUGCAGAUCAAUCCGUCGACUACUGGUGCUGUUCCAGAAGAAUCAGCGGCAGACAUUCAAAUGCAUGAUCUGGAUUUGGGACCUGAUGGUAGACUCCGAAAUUCGCUGAGGAUAGUUGAAGAAGAAGAUCAUUUAGAUGAUGGGAUCGACAAAAAUGUUAACGUGUAUAGCGAAAGUGAAAAGAAGACAGCAUCUCCUUUUGACAGCGAAAAUGAGCAGAAACUGGCAGAAAAACGGCUUAUAGACAAAAAGUUAAGGAAAACUGGAUUUUCUCCCUGGGAAUCCUACUGUUUCCUGAUUACCAUUUGGGCUCCUCCUCCACUUUUGAGACUAUUCGGAUUGAAGUCGAAGGCUGUGCAAAAGGCGUGGAGAGAUAAGAUGGGGUUGAUCUCGAUAAUUUUCUACAUAGGUGCUUUUGUUGCGUAUUUGACUUUUGGUUUUACCAAAACUGUCUGUAAACCGGGCAAAACGAGGCUUCAUCGAAACGAGGCUUCAUCGGGCCAAUUGAUAAUCCACGGACAAGCGUUUUCUUUGGAAUCAUCUUCUCAUCCUGCUGCAGCUGGUAUUCCUGGUGGCUCCAAUAUAUUAUAUCCUCCAGUCAAUGCUGGAGGUAAAGAUGGAUCCUUUCUUUUCCAAAAUGUUAAUGGGAAUUGUAAAGGCUUGAUAAAACCAAGAGAGAAUUCAAGCAUUCCUUUUGAUGAUGAUGGCAAUAUGGCAUGGUAUUUCCCCUGUAAAUUGGUCGAGCAAGACGGAUCAACUAAACCAAACUUCACAAAAUCGGAAUAUUAUAAAGGUUGGGGUUGUCACACGAGUGCUAAGGCAAGGGAACAAUACUACUCUUUGAAUGCACCAGCAGAUAUUUAUUACUCUUGGGAUGACUUAAAAAAUUCAUCCAGAAAGUUGGUCGUAUACAAUGGUGAUGUCAUUGAUCUUGACAUCUUGGAUUGGUUACAGACGGACGAUCUCACAUAUCCAAAAUCUUUCGAUAUUUUAAGGUCAGCGAAUUUGGAAGGUUACGAUAUUUCUUUGACAUUAUCAACUCCCAGUGAAAGAAAAGUGGCCCGUUGUUUGGUUGAAAUUGCUAAAGUAGGCGUCGUCGACUCCCAAACAAUUGGUUGUAUUGCGUCCAAUGUCGUCUUGUACCUAUCUUUGGUUUUCAUUCUCUCAGUUGUUGCCACAAAGUUCAUCAUUGCUUGCUAUUUCCAUUAUUUCAUUGCAAGAAAACAAGGUGCUUACGCUGUUGAUAAUAAAGAAUUGGCGAAGCAUAAUAAUGAUCUCGAAGACUGGUCAGAAAAUAUCAACUCCGUAGGUCCCUUAAAAUUGGUUGACCCAUCUUUAAGGCCAAGGAGAACAAAUAACAAAAUGCAUAAGAAGAAUAAUUCUAACCUCAGCUUAUUCAGCCGUAAAUCCCAGUUUGGACAGUCAUCAUCCUCUGCAAAAUCGAUCUCAUUGACUGACCCAGUGCUCCAAACAUUAGAAAACACAGGAAUGAUAACCAUGACUACACAGUCAGUUCAGAAAACUGCGUAUCUCAAUGAAAUGAAAAGGAAGAGUACAAAUGUUACAAGGCCUAUUUCCACCACAAAUCCUUUUGCUGACAGUAUUGAUGCAUUUAAUUCUUCUUUAACCAUUGAUUCAUUGGACCCAACCGUUAUUCAUCCCGAUGUUGUGUUGCAACCACCCCCAGAUUAUAUGCCAUACGGUUUCCCCUUAGUUCAUACUCUUUGCUGUGUUACAUGUUACUCCGAAGAUGAAGUUGGUUUAAGGACCACUUUGGAUUCUAUUGCUACCACAGACUACCCUAACUCUCAUAAAUUGAUCAUCGUGAUAUGUGAUGGUAUAAUCAAAGGUUCAGGUAACGACAGAACGACACCUGACAUUGUUUUAGAUAUGAUGGAUGAUUUCGCUGUUCCUAAGGAUGAAGUGAAAGCCCAUCCUUAUGUUGCUAUUGCUCUCGGAUCUAAAAGGCAUAAUAUGGCUAAGAUUUACGCUGGUUUCUAUAAAUAUGAUGAUGAAACAGUUCCUGUUGAGAACCAACAACGGGUACCAAUCAUUACAAUCGUUAAAUGUGGUACGCCAGAAGAACAAGGCUCCGCAAAACCAGGUAACAGAGGUAAGAGAGACUCCCAGAUUAUAUUGAUGUCUUUCCUACAAAAAGUAACUUUUGAUGAGAGAAUGUCUGCCCUGGAAUAUCAGUUAAUGAAAAAUAUAUGGCAGAUUACUGGUUUAAUGGCCAGCUUUUAUGAAACUGUUUUAAUGGUUGAUGCCGAUACUAAAGUUUUUCCUGAUUCUUUGACCCACAUGAUUUCUGAGAUGGUCCAUGAUCCAAUGAUCAUGGGACUUUGUGGUGAAACUAAAAUUGCCAAUAAACGUGAGUCGUGGGUCAGUGCUAUUCAGGUCUUUGAGUAUUAUAUUUCACAUCAUCAAUCCAAAGCUUUUGAAUCGGUAUUUGGAUCAGUAACUUGUUUGCCAGGUUGUUUCUCGAUAUACAGAAUAAAAACACCAAAAGGUAAAGACGGCUUUUGGGUUCCUAUCCUUGCAAACCCGGAUAUUGUUGAAAGAUAUUCCGAUAACAUCACAGACACUUUGCACAAGAAAAACUUAUUAUUGUUAGGUGAGGAUAGAUUUUUGUCCUCGUUGUUGUUAAAGACCUUCCCCAAACGUAAAACUGUGUUCGUUCCCAAAGCUGCUUGUAAAACCAUUGUUCCAGCAACAUUCAAAGUCUUAUUAUCUCAGAGACGUCGUUGGAUCAAUUCUACCGUCCAUAACUUAAUGGAAUUAGCGAUGGUCAAUGACUUGUGUGGUACAUUCUGCUUUUCCAUGCAAUUUAUUAUUUUAAUGGAGUUGGUAGGAACUUUGGUUCUUCCGUUGGCAAUUUGUUUCACCAUUUACGUUAUUUUCUUCGCAAUUUUCUCCCAUCCAACUCCUAUUUUAACUUUAGUUUUGCUUGCAUUGAUCUUGGGUUUGCCUGGUAUUUUGAUAGUAAUCACAGCUAGUAGAUUAUCGUACUUGAUAUGGAUGUUAAUUUACUUAAUUGCUUUACCUAUAUGGAAUUUUGUCUUCCCUACUUACUCUUAUUGGAAAUUUGACGAUUUUUCGUGGGGUGAAACUAGAGUGAUUGCCGGGGAAACAAAAGCCGCUGAAGAGGCUGAAGGUGAAUUUGAUCAUUCAAAGAUAAAAAUGAGGACAUGGCGAGAAUAUGAAAGGCAAGAAAGAGCAGAGAGAUUGAACCAAAGAAAACAGCACGCAACAGAUAGAAAUAGUGCCGUUGAAGGUCCUUCUCAAUUCAUGGACAAGCUAAUGGAUAACGAUAUUUCAAAUCAGGACGAUAGUAGCCAACCAUCGUAUUAG